AUGAAGCCGGCGCGGCUGCUGCUGCUGCUGAGCGGGUGCGCGCUGCUGCUGGCGCCGGCCGUGCGCGGCUGCGGGCCGGGCAGGGUGGUGGGCAGCCGGCGCCGCCCGCCCCGCAAGCUCAUCCCGCUCGCCUACAAGCAGUUCAGCCCCAACGUCCCCGAGAAGACGCUGGGAGCCAGCGGCCGCUACGAGGGAAAGAUCGCACGCAACUCGGAGCGCUUCAAGGAGCUCACGCCCAACUACAACCCCGACAUCAUCUUCAAGGACGAGGAGAACACCGGAGCCGACCGGCUCAUGACCCAGCGCUGCAAGGACCGCUUGAACUCCCUGGCCAUCUCUGUCAUGAAUCAGUGGCCGGGAGUGAAGCUGCGGGUGACGGAGGGCUGGGACGAGGACGGGCAUCACUCGGAGGAGUCGCUGCAUUACGAGGGCCGAGCCGUGGACAUCACGACCUCGGACCGGGACCGCAAUAAGUACGGCAUGCUGGCCCGUCUGGCCGUGGAGGCCGGCUUCGACUGGGUCUACUACGAAUCCAAGGCUCACAUCCACUGCUCCGUCAAGUCAGAGCACUCGGCUGCCGCAAAGACAGGAGGCUGCUUCCCUGGGCGGGCACUGGCGACGCUGGAGGAUGGGUCUCGGAUGCCGCUGUGGGCACUGCGCCCGGGCCAGCGGGUGCUGGCAAUGGACGGGGCGGGCAGGCCCACCUACAGCGACUUCUUGGCUUUCCUGGACAAGGAGCCCCGCUCCCUCACCUCCUUCCACGUCAUCGAGACGCGGGAGCCACCGCGGCGCCUGACCCUGACACCCACCCACCUGCUCUUCGUGGCCGAAAACGCCUCGGUGCCCGCCGCCCGCUUCCACCCCACCUUUGCCAGCCACGUGCACCCCGGACACUUCGUGCUGGUGGCGGCGGGAGGGGGAGGUUUGCAGCCCGCCGAGGUGGUGAGGGUGCGGGACCAGAGGGACGUGGGAGCCUACGCGCCGCUGACACGCCACGGGACGCUGGUGGUGGAUGGCGUGGUGGCCUCCUGCUUCGCCCUGGUGCGGGAGCAGCAUCUGGCGCAGAUGGCCUUCUGGCCGCUCCGGCUCUACCAUAGCCUGCUGGGGUUGCCGGGGGCACAGGGGGAUGGUGUGCACUGGUACCCGGGGCUGCUCUAUCGCCUGGGCAGGCUGCUCCUGCCCCCCGAAAGCUUCCACCCACUGGGGGUGCCCUGGGCAGAGAGCUGAGGGUGCGCCCCAGCCAGCGCCGCUGGCGGAGGUAGUGGCUGCAGGGCGGCUCACCGGGGGCCAAGACCCCCUCCCAAAGCUGGGUGCCCGUGGGGAGCUGCCUCUGGCCCUGUAUGCUUGAGGCACAGCCACCUCCUGGCUGGGGGGCACCGGGGCUCCCCGUCGUGCCUCCUCCAUGCCCACCGUCCCCUCCUCACCGCCUUGUUCCUGGGGAUGGGGUGGGGGAGGCAUGAAGGAUCCCCCCCCAGACAUGGGAGUGCCCCUGGCUGGAUCCACAUGCUGCUAUUUGUGUGUGUGUGUGAUGUGUGUGUGCGUGUGUGCAGAAUUAGCUGACGUCAGAGGUGUGACAGAGGCGGGCGAGUGGGGAAGAGGAGUGAGCUCCAGGCUGCUCCCAUGGGGCUCCCAGCCUGCCCUCACCCUCCUUUGGGAGAGGGCCCCCAGGGCCCUUUGCCAGGCAGCCCAGUGAGAGGGUGGGCAAUGCCAUUCCCAGCCCUGGGACAUGGCAGCUGGGAGGAGGGUGGCCCAGGCACUAGGACUGUGCCUUGCCUCCAAGGGGGGGGCCAAAACCAGCCGCUGCAUGUCUGGGGUGCCCAAGCAUGGGCAGGGAUGGAGGGGCUGAUAUGGCUCUGGCAUGAGAGGCCUGACUCAGCGACACGAGUGCUGCUGGAGUGAGAGACCAAGGAGUGGGUCCUCGAGCUCUGCCCAAAGCCAGCACUGUAGGCACCUGGCCAGGCGUGCCCAUGGGGAAACUCUGACAGCAUGGAAGGCUUUGGCUGGCAAGAGGGGGCCGUGGAGGCAGGCGUGAGGGCAGGAGGGUGCAGCGCGAGCCAGGCAUGGGCACACACUGGUGGGAGCAGGGAUGAGGAGAGCUGGGGCUGCAGCCGCAGCCUGCUGGAGCCAGGAGAGGGAAAGCCUCCCUUGCCUUCCCGGCCCCCCACCCUGAGCUGGCUCAGCCCAGAGCCAUGCCUUUCCCACUCCAAAGCUAAAGAACUCUUCAAGCUCCAGACUCUGCCUGGUCUGACCUCCCCGACCCUCCAGCUCCCCAAACCUUCAGGGUAACUCCUUGCUGCUCACCCACUCCCAGGGCUGAGAGAGUCCAGAGCUGCAGCCACGGUCCCCUCUUCAAAAUCCUAGCUAAAGCCUCAGCCUUUCCUGGCUCCACAUUAGUGGGAGGGAGGAGGGCUCUGAGCUGUGUCCCCCUGCAGCAUCAUGCGUCGUUAUUUAUUUACCUGCUCUUUGUAUGUACCAUAGAUGGGAGGCAGCGUGGGCACGU